AUGUCACAUCAAGGGGCCGAAAAGCACAGAGGCCCAGGGUUACGCCAGCCCCCUCAUUGCUUACCGUACAGCUUAGUCCUAGAACAACUCUCAACUGACGCAGACGAUGGCUUGUCAAGCAUUGAAGCCCAUUCACGUCUAGAUACCUACGGGUAUAACCGAUUGGAUGAGGGUGAAGGUGUCUCCAUCUGGAAGAUAUUGCUGCGACAAAUAGCAAAUGCGAUGAUGCUUGUAUUGAUCUUAGCAAUGGCUGUCAGUUUCGGCAUUCGAUCUUGGAUCGAGGGCGGCGUUAUCGCCGCUAUUAUUGGGUUGAAUAUCGUCGUCGGGUUCGUUCAGGAGUACGCGGCGGAAAAAACAAUGGCAUCUCUACGAUCGCUGACAACGCCAAGUGGGACCGUGUCAAGGGAUGGUCAUAUAGCCAUCAUUCCUGCCAUGGAGAUCGUCCCGGGAGACAUUGUUGAGGUAAAGACCGGGGAAAUGAUACCGGCCGAUCUGAGACUGGUUGAGGUUGCCAAUUUUGAAACAGAUGAGGCACUCUUGACUGGAGAGUCGCUGCCUGUUCAAAAGGUCUCCGAUGGGGUAUUCGAUGAGGAUACCGGACCAGGUGAUCGACUGAAUAUUGCGUAUAGCUCAAGCACUGUAACUAGGGGGCGAGCAAGGGGUGUUGCUGUUGCAACAGGCAUGGAAACAGAAAUCGGGAAGAUUGCUUCCGCACUGCGUGCAAGCCAACGCAAACACCGGCCCGUGAAGCGUGGACCUGGUGGCGAGACCAGAAAGCGAUGGUACGUCCAAGCAUGGACCCUAACUGGUUUUGAUACAAUUGGUCGGUUUCUUGGAGUGAACAUUGGGACCCCUCUACAGAAGAAGCUGUCCAGGUUGGCAGUUGCUCUCUUUGGCAUUGCAGUUGUGUUCGCCAUUGUUGUGAUGAGUGCGAACUACUGGAGGGACAAUAAUGAGGUGAUCCUCUAUGCUGUGGCAACAGGACUCAGCAUGAUUCCUGCCUGUCUUGUGGUGGUUCUCACGAUUACAAUGGCAGUUGGCACGAAGCGGAUGGUACAACGCCAUGUUAUUGUCCGAAAACUAAGCUCUCUCGAGGCACUUGGGGCUGUGACAGAUAUAUGUUCGGAUAAAACAGGAACAUUGACGCAAGGCAAAAUGAUCGUGAAACGGGCGUGGGUUGCGUCGCGGGGAACUUAUUCCUUGGAGGGCACCAAUGAACCGUUCAAUCCCACAGUUGGCGAGAUCAGUUUCCAAAGAUUAGCCCCAAGCAGCAUUGAUAGGAAGACGACUGCAGAGAUAAAAGAACCCCACGAACUAUUGAAAGACGAUGAGGGGCUCGAAGAAUACCUCAACGUCUGCUCGUUGGCAAACCUCGCCCAUGUUUAUAGGAAAACGCACGAAGGUGACGACGGUGGCGAGUGGCAUGCCCGGGGAGAGCCAACUGAGAUUGCCAUUCAAGUCUUCGCAGCUAGAUUCUCCUGGGACAAGGACCGCUGGACCAAAGGUGAAAAUGCCAAAUGGACCCAGAAAGUGGAGUUCCCCUUUGACUCCGAUGUCAAGCGGAUGUCAGUUGUAUACGCCAAUAAUGCCGAUAAGAAGACACAGGCAUUCACAAAAGGCGCUGUCGAGCGAAUACUGGAGAGAUGCUCGGACAUCGCGUCAAACAAAAGCUCCGCGCCGAGACCUCUGUCCGACGAGGAUCGCGGAGAGAUCAAGAGAAAUAUGGAAUCCCUGACGCACAUGGGUCUUCGAGGUCUUGCACUUGCAACGAGAACCUCUGUCCCCGAUACGGAUAACCGGGAGGAGGUCGAGAAAGAUCUUUGCUUCUUGGGCCUGGUGGGCAUCUACGACCCGCCCAGACCUGAGGCAACUAGAGCCGUCCAGUUAUGUCACCAUGCCGGCAUAUCAGUGCACAUGUUAACAGGCGAUCACCCUGGAACCGCGGAAAAGAUUGCUCAGCAGGUGGGCAUAUUAACGGAGAAUCUUCCGCAACUUUCUGCCGAUGUUGCACGGUCUAUGGUCUUCACAGGUGGCCAAUUCGAUAAUUUAUCUGAGGAGGAGAUUGACGCUCUUCCUGUCCUACCCCGAGUCAUCGCCCGUUGUGCUCCGCAGACUAAAGUGAACAUGAUCAAUGCACUCCACAGGCGUGGACGCUUCGUGGCAAUGACAGGAGAUGGCGUGAAUGACUCCCCCUCCCUGAAAAUCGCGGAUGUUGGGAUCGCCAUGGGACAAAGCGGGUCCGAUGUGGCUAAAGAUGCUUCAGACAUUGUACUAACUGAUGACAAUUUUGCAUCUAUUCUGAACGCAAUUGAAGAAGGACGCCGGAUUUUUGACAACAUUCAGAGGUUUGUCUUGCAUCUACUAUCCGAGAAUGUUGCUCAGGCAUGCACCCUUUUAAUCGGUCUGGCAUUCAAGGAUGCAAGUGCUCAGUCGGUCUUCCCUUUAUCGCCAGUAGAGAUUCUCUGGAUAAUCAUGAUUACCUCUGGUUUACCGGAUAUGGGCCUUGGCAUGGAAAUUGCUGCGCCUGAUAUUAUGGAUCGCCCCCCGCAAAGCAAAAAAGGUAUUUUCACAUGGGAGGUGCUUGUGGAUAUCCUUGUAUAUGGUCUUUGGAUGGCCGCUCUAUGCCUUUGUUCUUUUUCAUUGGUCAUAUGGGGAUUUGGCAACGGCGACCUCGGUCUCAAUUGCAACCGAGAUUUUAACUCGCAGUGCGAACCUGUCUUUCGCGCACGCGCAACUACCUUUAUCUCGCUUACCUGGUUUGCCCUAUUCCUCGCCUGGGAAAUGGUGGACAUGCGCCGAUCGUUCUUUCGUAUGCAACCGAACUCGAAGCGAUAUUUCACUCAGUGGGUGUACGAUGUCUGGAGGAACAAGUUUCUGUUCUGGGCAAUCCUAGCAGGCUUUGUCUUGGUAUUCCCUGUUAUCUAUAUCCCUGUCAUCAAUCAUGAUGUUUUUAAGCACACUGGCUUAUCAUGGGAGUGGGGAAUUGUUGGCGUGGAGACUGUCCUAUUUUUCCUCGGUGUGGAGAGUUGGAAAUGGACCAAAAGGAUAUAUUUCCGAAAGUCCAAAAAGGCGUCGCAAAGAGGCUCUCUUUCGGAGGCUGUAUAG